CGGGCGGGAGCGGGGCGCCCGGUGCAGCUGGCGGGGGGCGCCGGCCGCCCGCCAUAAAGUGAAUGGCCAGGGUGAAUGGGAGGCAGUCGGCCGGCGCCCUCCGCCUCCGCCCUCCCCGUGAGCCGCGGGCCGGCAGCGACGCGCAGAGUGGCUGGGGAGCCGGGGGGAUUUACUUUCUGACAGCGGCAGAGCAGCCCGGGGCGUGGGGCGGCGGUCAGCUUCGCUCCUCUCGCAGGAUUAAGUCCGCUCAGCCGAACCCGCAGCUGGAGCCACUAUUCCUCCUUCUCCACCGCCCAUCCCUGCCCCAUGGAUUUCAACCUGCUGGCAGACGCGGAGGCUCGCAGCCCAGCCUUGUCUCUCUCGGACUCUGGAACUCCUCAACAUGAGCACAGCUGCAAAGGGCAGGACCACAGCGACACUGAGAAGUCCCAGCAAAACCAGACGGACGACUCCAACCCUGAAGACGGCUCGCUGAAAAAGAAGCAGCGGAGGCAGAGGACGCACUUCACCAGCCAGCAGCUCCAAGAGCUGGAAGCCACUUUCCAGAGAAACCGUUAUCCAGACAUGAGCACCAGAGAGGAGAUUGCAGUCUGGACCAAUUUGACAGAGGCACGAGUCCGGGUCUGGUUCAAAAACCGCAGAGCUAAGUGGAGGAAGCGAGAGAGGAACCAACAGGCUGAAUUGUGCAAGAACAGCUUCGGAGCCCAGUUCAAUGGACUGAUGCAGCCUUACGAUGACAUGUAUUCCAGCUAUUCCUACAACAACUGGGCCACCAAGGGGCUUGCCAGCAGUCCGCUCUCAGCCAAGAGCUUUCCAUUCUUCAACUCCAUGAAUGUCAGUCCCCUCUCCUCCCAGCCCAUGUUCUCCCCACCCAGCUCCAUCACCUCAAUGACCAUGCCUUCAUCCAUGGUCCCUACUGCUGUGACCGGGGUACCGGCCCCUAGCCUCAACAACCUGGGAAACAUCAAUAAUCUGAACAGCCCGAGCCUCAACUCUGCUGUCUCAUCCAGUGCCUGUCCUUACGCCUCAACAGCCAGCCCCUACAUGUACAGGGACACGUGCAACUCCAGCCUGGCCAGCCUGCGGCUGAAGGCCAAGCAGCACGCCAACUUCACCUACCCAGCGGUGCAGACGGCAGCUUCCAACCUGAGCCCUUGCCAGUACGCCGUGGACAGGCCUGUAUGAAGGGCUGCCCUCUGCCAACCAGGGACUCGACCUUAGCCUGACAAAAGGAGACCUUUAGCUCUACAACAGCAUACGUCCUGCAGAGAAUGAGAGUGAACAUGACAGCAUAAGAGGGAGACAGGGAGAGAAAGAGAGAAAAGAACGAGCAGGCAGACGAACCUUUAUGAAGAUUUGUCUAUUGUAUGGUGAAUUUUGACUGUCUUUCCCCUUCAAAACCCCUUCCCUUCUUGCCCACCAAACCUUCUCCUCCAUGGUAAAAUAAACCAAAAGAGUCUACUGGAAGGCCCACGGGGAAACAGGAGCCCAAACAUGCAGGGUGCCUGACCCAUGGGAAGCACAACCAAGUAUGUUUCAAUCUGCCCCUCCAAGCCCCACAGGUGUGAGCCCCGCAAAUUCCUGGGACAGCACAGGCAGCCUCACACCACCCCUGCAGGAAACAGCCAGAGACAGGACAGCUUGAGGCGGGUUGCCAGUUGGUGCUUGGCUAAACCAUAUUCUCUGCACAUGUGCAAGACUUCAAUGAAAGAUACCUUGCCCAUUUAUUUAUCAUACAGCCAGUAAGGAAGCCUUGUCUCAGUCAGUUAUCAUCUCUUUAUAAUGCAUAUAUACAACUGGCCCUUCAGACUUGAAACCUUCAGGAGCUGGGGGUUGUAAGAAUAUGAAAUAUGUGUAUGUAUGUGUGUGUGUAUAUAUAUAUAUAUAUAUAUAUAUAUAUAUAUAUAUAUAUAUAUAUAUAUAUACACACAAAUACAUAUAGAGACAUUAAAAUAUGCUUUCUUGUUUUGGAUGUGAAACAAUCUACAAAGUAGACCUUAAAACCAAAAACCCUGUAAAGGAAGCACAUCCACCGAGGCAGUGUCCUGGCUGUCAUGCUUUACUGCUUCAGUCAUUUUGGUCAGACACACUGCCGCCAGCAUACAUCCCAAACAUUCCCAUCUGCAACAAUCAGCUCCUCCUUGCACAUCUCCUUCCCUUCCCCAAAUCCCAUUUCCAAAAAAGAUAAUAAAAGUUGGCACAAACCCUUUAA